ACGCAGAGAGAUUUGCGAAAGAUGUCAGGAACACGCUGCGACAGAGUCGAAAAAUGAGUAGGAAUCGUAGGCGGAGCUUGCCCAGCUGCCAAGAUGAAGACAAGACCGCCGCUGCACAGCCAAGUGGAAGUAGUAGCUUGAGAUCCCAAUCUCUGUCCAGGCUGGAGUUCUCGGUUCAAUCCUCGUCCAUCUAUCAGUAUGACACGCGGAACCCGCGGAACACGCGACCACCAAUGGUCAGUGUGGCCGUCGGCACAGAUCAGACGGAUAUCCUGAAUGGGAGCACUUCAUUCUUGCCCCUUAGCCAGUCUCAAUCUCAGAGCGAAGUAGACUCAUCCUCGUUGUACGAAAGUUUUAAUCCUACCUUUCUUCCCAAGCUUCUUUUUAGAAGAUUUCCGCAUAUCCUUGUGGCGGCAUCAGAAGAUCCUCCGACUUCGGAAAGCAAGCCAACUACAUCACAUCAAAGGCCAAUUGAGCCAAUAUCCGAGGUGCCGUUCGUGGAACCCAAUUUUGAGAAAAACAACAGAGUUAGCACCGCCAGAUCGUCACGUCCGCCCAGUUUUCGACAAUCUUCCUCUGCAUACAGGGGUAAUGAUGAUGACUCCUUCACGAGCACAGAUGAGGUGUCUCCGAUCCAGAGCUUCACUAGCUAUACGGAAGAAUAUGAUAGAGAAGAACCACUCAUAACCAAAACGCAAAAGUUUUAUAAAAAGAGAGCUGCCUUAAAUCCGAAAAACGAUUCCGAGGACUCAUUUGUGGUCGCUAGGGAAAACUUUCAAAACGAUACGACUAUCGCGUUCAAUACAACGACAGUACAGGCCACCGACUCGCCAGAAUCUAUCUACGAAUACGACCCGAAGAACCGGAGGACCACCCAAUUGGGGGACACAGAUAGCAGAGCUUCGAAGGAGUCCUUUGACCUGGGCCGUGGUGGAAAGCGACUGGGCUCCGGUAUGGUUUUUAUCUAUAUGGUGAUACCACCGGACGGCGGAUUCGGCUGGGUAAUCAUGGUGCUGUCCUUCCUCGCCCAGCUGAUAAUCGAUGGUCUUAUCUUCACCAUCGGAGUCUUGUUGCCAUCCAUUGCCCAGGAUCUGGGUGUGAGCACAUCGUCGGUUUCGCUGGUGGCCAGUGUCCAGAUUGGUUGCUACUUCACCAGCGGAGCCUUCUCUGCCAUUCUGAUAAAUCGUUUUGGAUUCCGGAAGGUAGCCAUCGCUGGGGUCCUGUGUUCCGCAUCCACCAUACUGGCCUCCAGCUGGAGCGUCAACUUGACCAUGCUGAUCUUCCUUUACAGCGUCCUUGCCUGCGCAGGUGGCAUUACAUUGAGCAUGAUCUGGGCGAGCUCGCAGCUGAUCGUGGGCUACUACUUCGAGCGGUUUCGUCCGAUGGCCAAUGGGUUUUCCUGCAGCGGUGGCGGAGCGGGUAUAGUGCUCUUCACGUUCCUCAACAGCUGGCUGGUGCCCAUCAUCGGAUGGAGGAACAUGCUGCGGACGCAGGCGGGCCUGAUAAUGUUGAUCCUGCUGAUGGUGGUCGCCUACGUGGAGGUGGCUCCCACGCAGGUGGGCUUGUACCAUUUCCCCGAUAAUUUGGAGUCCAGUUCGGAUGAGUACUACGGCAACUUCUACGUGCAGGACUAUUUACGUCUAUCCGCGCAGACCGCUGGAAGCCGGAGUGUCCUAAGCGAAUAUGAGCCACCUCCCAAGAAGCAUGGGUGCGCCAAGUUCUGCCCCUGCUGCACGAAGAGUUGUGGCAAGCGGCGGAAGAAGCCUCAAAAUGAGGAAGAGCACAAUCUGCUCAUCCGGCCGGCGCCCUUGGAGCGGGAGGAUCUCUUCUAUACGGGGCCCGCCGACUACGACCAGCCGCACAGCAAGGAGAACCUCGAGGGCAAGGAGUUCCACCUAAUGGGAUCGGAUAAGAACACCCAGCAAGUGAACUACGGCAUCAAGAACAUCCAUGUGGAUGGGGAAGGGGAUGACACUUCUAGACAACAUAGACGCACCCAUUCUGUACGCAGAUGGUCUGAAGAACUUCCGAAAAAGAAGAAUACCUGUAGGAAUAGUCGGUUCAUGCUCACCCUGCUCAAACUAUUCGACUACCACCUGCUGAAACAGUUCGAGUUUAAGAUUCUGGUGGCCUCCGCCUUCCUGUUCCCCAUGGGCUUUAAUAUACCCUUCGUUUACUCGUCUGCUCGAACCACGGUUCCUGUCGAAUAUGCCCGUAUGAUCGGGCCCAUUAUCGGAAUUAGUAACCUAGUGAUGAGGAACAUCCUUGGCAUCAUCGCCUACAAAAGGCGCACUUGGACCCUCGGACUUUGUGGCGGCGGUCUGGUUUUCGGUGGGUUUUCCGUCUUAAUAAGCGCCUUCUACGGAGAGAACUUGAUUUGGUUCCAGAUGCUGUACGGCAUGUCCUAUGCUGUAGCGCCAGCUGUUUAUUCCACAUUGAGAGGCCUUAUAUACGUGAAGUACCUGGGCCUUUCGAAACUGACCAACGCCUUUGGGAUUACCUCUCUGGCCAUGGGAAUGGGCGCCUUCAUUGGGACUACGAUUGCCGGCAAAAUGGUGGGCUUUACGGGAAACUAUACUGCUGCCUUCUGCUUUGCGGGAAUAUGCCUAAUAAUCUCCGGAAUCCUGAAGCUCCUGCUGCCCGGACUUAUCAAAUUUCGCAACAGGAAGGCCCAGUGAGGAAUCGGAGUGCUGGAAUUGCAAUAUUUAUUGGUUGUUCUGCGUGGAACCUGGGAUUUAUCUUACAAUAUAGCUUCUCAUUCUCAUUUGAUACGUAAAGGUAAACAAGUAUUAUUGACUUUUUUACUGGUUAUGUUUGGUAAAGCCCUUGCUCCAAAUUCUGAAUAAA